AAUCAAAUCUCUACAGACACCUCUAGCGGAUUAGUGACGUCAGCGCGCGCAUCGCACACGCGUCUCCUCCCUCUGCUCCCAGUCUCCAAUCUCCUCCCUUCCCCACUGCGGCGGAAGUCCACCAAAGCGAAACCAAGAGCGGCCCGACCAGAUCCACCUUCUUCCUCCCCCCUUCAUGCAACCAAACCCUAGGGACUAGGGCUAAUUCCCCUCCUCCUCCUACUCCAUGGCCUCGGAUUUCGACGAGACCGACGAAGCCUUCUUCGACAAGCUAGUCAACUCCGACGACGACGACGAUCCCCCGGCCGCCGCCGCCGUGGGGGGGCUCGCUGCGCUAUCGCUGACCGAUCAACCCGACGCGCCGCCGCCUCGCGAGUCCGAGCCUCGUGACCAGCCUGCUGCUGCUGCUGCGGCGGCAGCGGCACCGACGGAGGAUGCGGAGCGUGAGCCCUCGCCGGAGGUGUAUCCUGCGGCCGUGCUGCUGCAUCCGCCCCCCGACCUCGCUGCCACCGUCGGGGCAGAUCCGGCCGGGGACCUCCUGCCGGAAGACGGAGAACCCUUCUCCGGGGCCGCGGCUGUGCCAGAGGAUCAUCAGGGCCUGGAGCCGUCGCUGUCGUCGUCUCUCUCAGCAGGCACCGGCGAUGGCAGCGCGCCGGAUCGCACCGUCUCUGGCCACACGGAGAGCAAUGCCAGUUCCCAGUUGGAUUCCAGCACAGCUGCGGAGGGGUCUGGGCAUCAGAGCGCCAAAUCGCAGCUGGAGUACACGGAUCCCAGGUAUCUAGAGAGCCUCUACCCUGGCUGGAAGUACGAUGACGCUACGCAGCAGUGGUAUCAGGUAGAUACUCUCAGCGCGCAGAGCUAUGCUGCUCAGAAUACUGGUGCUGCUGUGGCAGACCAUAGGAGUGAUGGUGACCUUCAGCAGAAGUUUGGUGGUUCUUACCUGCAAAACACUUCACACGCAGGGACUGGGCUUGAACACAGGCAGACGGCUUCUCAGCCUGAGACUGAGGCUGGCAAUCAGCCUGCAGUGGCACCACAGAAAGAGGGGGAGGCACAGUGUGAACCCAAGCCGAUGCAUACAGAGGUGGGAUAUGGGGAGAGCAAUGCCACUUCCCAGUUCGAUUCCAGAGCUACUGCUGAGGGAUACGGGGAUCGGAGCGCUGAUGCGCAGGUGGAGUACACUGAUCCCAGAUAUCUAGAGAGCCUCUACCCUGGCUGGAAGUACGACGAGGCCACACAUCAGUGGUAUCAGGUAGAUACCCUCAACACACAGACUUAUGCUGCUCGUGAUACUGGUGGUGCUGUGGCAGACCUUGCGAGUGGCGGUAGUGUUCAGCAGCACCAACAGUUUAGUGGUUCGUACAUACAAAACACUUCACAUCCAGAGCCUGCUCUUGAGCUUACAGAGCCGACUUCUGAGUCAAAGCCUCAGCUUGAGCCUGCGGCGGCCCCUCCUCAGACCGAUGCUUAUCCUGCGGUGGCAUCACAUAAAGAGGAGCAGAAAGAGCAUGGAUCUGUACCGGUGCAUACUAAGCCUGAAGCUCAGGAGAUUCCUGCCAAUGCUGGUGAUACUGCCACAGUGACAGAGGGUGGGUCCCCAGGGUCAGAGAAAGGCAUCCAUACCGCCGUCAAGCAAGUGCAGUGGAACGACUUUGGUGCCAGCACUGGUGGGGCGGAUCUAUUUGGUGACCUCCUGCCCGAUGGAGCUGAAGAUGACUUCUUUGAGGGCACCGUCCCUGUCAGCCAAGACGUCUCAUCCUUGGUAGGUGCUACAAAUGUUAGCGCACCAGAUCACAGCUUCUCUGCAGGAGUGUAUAACACUGCCAUGAUUAGUGCUGGACACAGCUUCUCUGACGGAGUUGAUAAAAAUGCUAACUCUCAUUUCGGUCCCAGUGGAAGUAGUGCAGGGUACGGGGAUCAAAGCACUAAUGCACAGUUGGGCUCCACUGAUCCCAAAUACCUGGAGAGCCUCUACCCGGGGUGGAAGUAUGAUGAGGCGACACAGCAGUGGUAUCAGGUAGAUACCCACAGUGCACAGAGUUACGUUGCUGAUAAUACUGGUGCUGUUGUAGCCGUUGGGAGUGACAAUACACAGCAACAUCAGCAGCAGUUUAGUGCAUCGUACUUGCAAAACAAUUUACAUGCAGCACUUGAAACCAUUGCGGAAGAGAGCAGCACCAAUGCCAUGAGCUGGGUCCAGGGUGGGACCAACACAGGACCCCCAGAAUACCCACCGAACAUGCUGUUCUACGCAGAAUACCCAGGAUGGUACUUUGACACCAACACUCAACAAUGGCAAACACUUGAGUCAUACCAGCAAAGUGUUGCACAUGUUGCAACUACUGCAGCAGCCUCAGAUGGGUUCGCAGGGACAUGCCAUAAUGUAGCUCAUUACACUGAGGAUUCUUAUGCAAGUAGCUAUAACCAGCAGAGCCAGUGGCAACCGGAUUCGUUCGGUAAUACCAUGCAGGCUGAUGUUUUGGGGGGCAAGAGCUUGCUAGGUAGUUCCUAUGGUUCUAAUCAGCAGGCUGGGAAUCAGAUUGGGCAACAGGCCAAUGUGGACUCUUUAAAUCACGAGCCUCAUGUAAAUACAUUUAUGCCUUCUACAGGUCAAUCCACUGGUAGUGAGGGAAAUCAGGCUAGCUAUAAGAGUUUCGGAUCUUUUACAGGGAAUCAGAGUUGGUACAGUGGUUUGGAGCAUUCUACAAGUAAGGAAUUAAGGUACAAAGGAUUUGAACCUUCAACAGGUUUCCAGACUAGUCGCAAGGAAUUCCAGCCUCCUAAAGAUCACCAGGCUGGUCACAUGGCAGAUGAACCUUUGACAAGAUAUGGGUAUGGUAGUUCAAAUGGGGUCGUCAAUACACAAAAUUUCGUACCAAAAGAGGGUAUGCACAAGACACAAAUGCAUGAUGACUCCACUGCGCAUACUUAUGCUGCAAGCAACUAUUGGGGUACUCAGACCUCCAUGGGCAGUGCUCAGCAGCAACUGACUGGUACAAAUGGUCCAUCCCAACAGUUUGGUUUCUCACCACAUGAGCAGAGAUCAUCAGCUGGACGCCCACCACACACUGUGGUAUCCUUUGGAUUUGGGGGGAAGCUUGUAGUUCUUAAAGAAACCAGCUCUAUGGCUGCAAACUUUGACAGCGGAAAUCAGGGCAAUUCUGGUCGAACGGUAUCAGUUCUUAAUAUUCCAGAGAUUGUUGCUGAUAAAAUUGAUCAUUCAAGCAUCGCUAACGGUGGUGCAUUUAGCUACUUCCAUGCUUUGUGUCGCCAUCCUAUUCCUGGCCCUCUUGUUGGUGGAAGUGCUGCAUCAAAGGAUCUGAAUAAAUGGCUUGAUGAUAUGAGUGGCGUAUAUGAAUCUUCUCAGACAGAAUUCCAGGGAGGGGAUGUUCAGAAGGUGCUUAUUUCGUUGUUGAAAAUAUUGUGCCAACACUAUGGAAAGCUUCGUUCAUCCUUUGGGUCUGACCCGUCACAAGAGGGUAUAGAUGGCCCAGAGAUGGCAGUGACGAAACUUUUCUCAUCUUGUAAGAGCAGUGCUAAUAUGAAAGGGUAUGGAGCUGUUGUCCAUUGCAUGAGAAAUCUUCCCUCAGAAAGCCAGAUUCAGACUACUGCCCAGGAGGUUCAAAGUCUCUUGGUUUCUGGUAGAAGGAAAGAGGCCCUUCACCAGGCACAAGAAGGUCACCUUUGGGGCCCUGCACUGAUCCUUGCUUUACAACUUGGUGAUAAGUUUUAUGCGGAUACUGUGAAGAAAAUGGCCCACUGCCAUUUUGUUUCUGGAUCACCCUUGAGGACACUGUGCCUUCUUAUUGCUGGACAACCUGCAGAUGUUUUCAGUUUUGAGAAUCCUGUUAACAGUGGUUUGUCUUCUCCCCAACAGCCUGUAGAGGCUGCUCCUAAAGGUAUGCUGGAUGACUGGCAAGAGAAUUUGGCUAUUAUAACAGCAAACAGGACAAAAGGUGAUGACCUUGUAAUUACCCGCCUUGGGGAUUGCCUUUGGGAAGAGAAAAAUGAGGUUGCAUCUGCCCACUCGUGCUAUUUAGUUGCUGAACUAAAUAUUGAUUCGUACUCUGGAAGUGCAAGGAUGUGCCUUAUUGGUGCGGACCACUUGAGAUGUCCGCGCACAUUUACCAGCCCUGAAGCAAUCCAGAGAACAGAGGUUUAUGAGUAUGCAAAGGUUCUUGGUAAUUCUCAGUAUAUCCUCUUGCCAUUUCAACCAUACAAGCUGAUAUAUGCAUAUAUGCUUGCGGAGGUUGGGAAGAUUUCUGAUUCACUAAAGUACUGUCAAGCAUCUCUGAAGGUGCUCAAGUCCUCUGGUCGUGCACCUGAACUAGAAGCAUGGAAGCAACUGUUUAUUACCCUGGAGGACCGGAUACGUACCCAUCAACAGGGCGGUUAUGCAACAAAUCUUGCCCCUGGAAAGAUUGUUGGAAAGCUUUUCACAUCACUUGAUAAAUCUUUGUCCCGAAUGAUGGGUACACAAUCUGCACCGUUGCCUCAACUGCCGCAGGGUGCUGCAAAUGAGAGAGGUGUUUAUUCUUCUCCUGAUACAAAAGUAGUAAAUAGUCAGUCAGUGAUGUCCAUGGCACCAUUAGUGUCAUCUGCUUCAGAGCAGUCUAUGAGUGAAAUUGGAGGAAAUAGUGUCUAUGGCAGGGAAGUUGCACAUAACAGAAGUAUUUCUGAACCAGACUUCGGCAAAACCCCCCAACAGGGUGCUGCUGUAUCAAGUAAGGCACAGAGCACAUCAGGUUCAGGCAGUUCACGCUUUGGAUGGUUGGUGCAGAAGACAAUAGGGCUUGUUUCAAAAUCUCACCGCCAGGCAAAGCUAGGGGAACAGAACAAGUUCUACUAUGACGAGAAGCUGAAGCGGUGGGUUGAAGAAGGUGCUGAGAUCCCUGCCGAGGAGCCCCCACUUCCCCCACCUCCAACAAAAGUGCCAUUCCAGAACAGCGUUCCAGAUCCCAACUCCAAUGCUCCUCCCACUGGUGGAGGUUAUUCCUCAAAUCCUCCCGAGCCUAGUUCCGGGAUGCCACCGAUGCCACCCACCCAGAACCAGUUCUCAGCACGUGGAAGGAUGGGUGUUAGAUCAAGAUAUGUGGAUACUUUUAACAAGGGUGGCGGUGGUGGUGGCGCAAAUGCCUUCGGAGUAGCAACAUCUUAUAGCAAACCAGCAGCUCCUUCAAUGUCCGGUGCGAAGUUCCUUGUGCCAACUCCAGUCAAUGUUGCUUCAGAACAGAUGGCUGAGCUAGGUGCCCACAGUGAAACCGCCCGACAGGAUGAAUCGUCGUCCUCACCAGCGAUGGAAACAUCAUUUAGUUCGCCGCCAUCACUGAUACAGAUGCAGUCAAGCAUUCCGCGGUACCCAAGCGGUGACAACAUUCCACGGUACCCGAGCGGUGACAACAUUCCGCGGUACCCGAGCGGUGACAACAUUCCGCGGUACCCAAGUAUGGAUAACGUCAGCUCCCCCACAGGCAGCAUUAACAGCUCGAUGUCAAGGUCAAGAGCGUCAUCAUGGAGCGGAACGUACCCAGAGCAGUUGAGCAGCACUGCCGCUUCCAGGUCACCUGAUGGACAGAUGACGCAGUCACCAUCGAUGCCUGGAAGAAGACCUCCGCACAGCCGUUCCAACAGCGCGUCUUCUUCCGCCCAGCUCAAUGGUUUGGGUGAGGAUCUUCACGAGGUGGAGCUCUGACACCUGGCCGCAGAUUUUGACCAUAAUGUGAUUUAUAUUAAUAGCUGCAUGUGUCUAGAGAGCAAAGCAAAGGAAAUUAAAGUGCGGUGUCCCUUUUUCAAUUUUUUUACAUGUGAAAGACUGUGGAUGCCGCUGCAUUGUACAGAUAGUUGACUCGUUCGCCAGAUGAAAAAUGUAUAACAAGAGUCGUAGGUUCAAGAUAGGGAGAAGAUGAAACCGUGAUGAUUCAUCAUUGUUAAAAAGAUGGACUGUCUGUUGGAAAAAUAAAGCUGAUUAAUAACCGCAAUAAUGUCGGUCCGCAUCUUGGUGUUCAUA